UUUACCUCUCCGUUGUGUUUACAUAUGAGUAUCUUGAACCUGCACCCUCAUUAGACUGCCUCAACCGAUCAAAAUGUCCACCGUCUCCUCCCCCCGCCCCUCAAUCACCUCCUCACGCGCCCACUCGCCCACCCCAGCAUCCUCCCGCCGCCCAUCUCUCGACACCCUCAACACCAACGUCGGCCUCAGCCUCAGCGCCAGCUCGACCCCCUCCACAGCGCGUGCUGUCUCCCCCUCCCUCCAUCCACGCCGCAACCGCGCCGCCCUCCGCGACUACUACAACCUCAAACCCUCGGCAGCCGAAAUACCGGGAGCCAGACGAUCCCGCAGCAUUCCCCGACCCACCGAUGCAGCGGACACCUCGAAUCCGUCAGUCGUCCAGACCGGGACGGAACUCGAUAGUCCCGAUUUCGAUGCCCAACACUAUGUCAAUCAUCUCCUGGCUACGUCGUCGCUGUCGACAGUGCUGAAGGCGGAGAAUACCCUCGUUGGGGAUAUCAAAACGCUGGAUAGCGAGCGCAAGGCGCUUGUCUACGAUAACUACUCGAAGUUGAUUCGCGCGGUGGAGACUAUUGGGAAGAUGCGGCAGAGCAUGGAUGACCGGGGGGCGCCGUUGACGAUGACCAAGACGUUGGGACCGGCUAUUGCUUUUGUGGCGGAGACGGCCGGGGGGUUGAUUCAGGAGGGGGAGGAGCAGAGACGGCGGAUGAAGGAGGCGAAGGCGUCGGAUGAGGUGGAGCGCAAGAAGGCUGAGAAGGAGACGGUGAGGUGGGUGCUUGGUACGCCGGCUCGGUUGGAGAAGCUUGUUGCGGACGGCAGUCGGGAGGAGGCUGAGAAAGAUUGGGAGGAGGUGCGGGAGCUGCUCCAGAAGUGGGAGGGUGUGAAAGGCGUCCAGGAGCUCCGGGAGGCUUGUGAGAAGGCCAUGGAGAAGAGCGAUGACGCUUCCUGAAGGAUGGCUGCAUCAACCGAUCCUCGAGUCGGGCUACCUUGUGAAUACUUGUCACUGGCCUCUGGAAGAAUGCCUCCUAUCACUGUUUAUACUACUGGCCUUCUGACAGGCUGGGAUGGCACAGUACUGCUCGACCGGACCACCUUGAUCAAACAUGGAACAACCUUAUCGGAACGUCUAGCAACUGCUGGCU